AUGCAGGCAAACAACAAGCGAGAAAAAAGACCAGGCAAAAAGGACCAGCAAAGGGGAAAAAAAGGACCAGGCGAAAGGAAAGACGACGAGGACGAGCUGACUCAGGCCCAAAGCAGAAGGCGAGGCAAGGUCAUGUCACUCUCUCUCACUCUCUCUCUCUCUCUGCUGGCCGCUUCUUCGUCUGCUGCGUCUUCGGUCUUCGUCGUCUGCUUCUUCAGCAACCUAGCCCACGUCGAGCCUCCGCCCCGGGCGACCUUGUCCGGCUUCGACGACGCCGGCUGCUUCUUCGUCUCCCUCUCGCGACUGGGACGGCCUGCCUGGACGAUCGAGUGGUCGAGUGGUCGAGUGGUCGUGCCGCUGGAAAUCCCUUCCCCUCUCAGGUCUCUCUGCCGGGCAGCAACCAAGGACGGCGAGGCAACAGGGCGAGAUCGAGGAAGGUCGAGGAAGGUCGAUGAAGGUCGAGGAUGGUCGAGGAUGGUCGAGGAUGGUCGAGGGAAGGCCGUCUGGCUCUUCUUUGAGAGAGAGAAGCGCCCGCCGCAACUCAAGACUAAGACUAGACUUUGCUUCUUCUUCUUCUCUUCUUCUUUCAACUUCUUCUUCUUCUUCUUCAACUUCAACUUCAACUUCAACUUCAACUUCAACUUCUCUUCUUCUAUCAACUUUUUGUCUUCUUCCUCGCCAAGACCAGAAAAGGAAAAAAAGGCUCAACCGAACCCGUCGAAGGCUUCUGGAAGGGCCGAGGAUGUUUUGGUUUUACCGAAGAUACACGCAGAGACAGAGGUUUAUUACGACAAGACUAAAAUAAAGACCUUCGCUUUUAAAGAGACUAUCAAAAAGGGAGGACGAGAAGACGAGGAAGACAGCAGCAGAGAGGAGGACAGCAGAAGAGAAGAGAAGGCGAAGAGGAAGCCUGGCGAGCAUGAGAUGUCUGUCUGUCGCUGCCAGCAUGGACGCUUCCCUGUCUCGGCCUCGUAUUCCCCCUUCCCUGGGGCCCCCGUUCUCGCAUCUCGGCCAGUCAAUGAGAUCUUGCGUGGCCUUCUGGAAGGGCAGAAGAAGACCGGGAAGCGACCAGGAAGAUGGGCCAGGAAGAUGACUAGGAAGAUGGACCAGGAAGAUGGACCAGGAAGACGGACUAUGGAGACGAGGGACGACCAGCGCUUGCACUGCACCAACACGGCUCGACCAACCUGA